AUGUCGGAGGGAUCGAUCCUCUGGUCACCAGCACCCUACCAUAUCAUCUCCUAUGGCAUCCUCCUCGGCACGACGACAUUCCAGAGCUUCGUCGGAGGCAUUGUGGCCUUCAAGGCCCUCCCGAGACCGCAGUUCGCGACUCUACAACAAGCGACGUUCCCGAUAUACUUCACCAUGCAGACUGCGUUGCCACUCGUACUAGCGUUGACCUUUCCUGCGGAGCGGACAGCUAUCUCGACGCGGCCGGGGAGCUUGUCAGGCGUCCUUGACGCAGAGAACAGACUCCAUGUCUUGACCCCUCUUGCAACAAUGCUGAUAAGCGGGCUUCUCAACGUUGUAUACUUGGGACCUGCAACGACACAAUGCAUGCGGGAGAGGAAACACCAGGAGACUAGGGAUGGCAAGAAGAGCUACGAGCCCGGCCCACACAGCCAGGAGAUGCAACUGCUGAACAAGAAAUUCGAGUAUUUGCACGGGGCUUCUUCGUUGGUAAACCUCAUGGGAUGGGUCGCUAUGCUGUGGUACGGUUUCUAUCUAGGCGAUCGAUUGUCCUGA